UGCUUUUGCGUACUACUCAGUAUGCUAGUGCGCCGCCGUUGUUAUGUAGCACUACGUGGGAAGGCGGAUCAUGGACUAACAUCCCGUUAGCAGGAAGAUUUUCUUCGGUUAAUUAAUUGUUUGAGUAAUAGCACUAAAGAAACGAUAAGGAAGAUGUUUAAAAGCUGGGGAACGUGGCUCGGAAUCGAGUCCACACCCGGGUGCGAAAGAGACGAAAUCCAGGCCGAGGAAACAUGCGGAAGUGACAAGGACAAGGCAGAAAACAGCGCAGUAAACAAACAGGAGUGCAGCGACGACAGGACCGAAAAAAUGGGAGAAAAGCAGCCGAUUCUGCAGCAAGCCAAAGGCCUGAGUGGAUACAUUCUGAACUUUGCGAGCAGCGCAACAAAGAAGAUCACAGAGUCGGUGGCAGAAACAGCGAGCACCAUCAAGAAGACCGUGGAGGAAGGAAACAUCGACGGCAUCAUCGACAAGACCAUUCUGGGAGAUUUCCAGAAGGAACAGGAAAAGUUUGUUCAGGAGAAGAAUGCUAAGAAAACAGAUGCAGCGGUGCCUCCCUGGGUGGGCUACAGUGAGGAGGAGACCAUUCAGCAGCAGAUCUUGGCUUUAUCAGCUGACAAGAGGAACUUCCUUCGCGACCCUCCGGCUGGUGUGCAGUUCCACUUUGACGUUGAGCAGAUGUAUCCCGUCGCUCUAGUCAUGCUACAGGAAGACGAGCUUCUCAACAGGAUGCGUUUCGACCUGGUUCCAAAACAUGUGAAAGAGGAGAUGUUCUGGAGGAACUAUUUCUACCGGGUGUCUCUCAUUAAGCAGUCGGCCCAGCUCACGGCGCUGGCGGCACAACAGCAGGCUGCGGAGAGGAGAGAGGACGACAAGAACGGAGCCGAUCAGAGCGAGAACACAUCAGAAUCCAGAAGACCAAAAACGCCUCCUACAACCAUCAACGCCAAGCCAAAGUCCAGUGAGCAUCAUGAGGAAGAGGAGAUCUCGACCAGCCCUGGCGUAUCUGAGUUCGUAAGUGACGCAUUCGACUCGUGUAACAUCGACCAGGAGGACUUGAGGAAGGAGAUGGAGCAGCUGGUACUGGAUAAGAAAAAUGAAGAAGAAGCGUCUGAGUGGGAGCGGGAGCUGCAGCGGGAGUUGCAGGAGUAUGAGGUGGUGGCCGAGGCGGAUAACCGAGAUGAAAACUGGGACCGUGAGAUUGAAGAGAUGUUGCAGGCUGAUUAGCUAAUCCCCCACGAGCCCUCACUUUCAGUGUGGAAUCAUCGCUACACUAAAGAGACACAGAGGGAGAGUGAAGAAAAAAGAACGGACCAAACAAGCCACUACUAAGACUUAAGGCAUAAACAUCACACACAGUGCUACACGUACAGCAUUGCUCUCUGUUCGAUUGAAGUAGGCAGAGAUUUGUGUUAAGAAUGCAUUUCUUAUGGAAAAGUAGCAUUCAGGGAUGUAAUCUGUUUCUGUGAAGUAGUGGACUUACAGCGAAAAUGCACAGCAUCUACAGUAAACUUCUCUCUUCUCACUGAUAGAUGAAUCAAGUGGUUAGUGCUACCUUUUUAUAUACAACGAAUCAGUGUGUAUAUUCUAUUCUUUAUUGUCUAUCUGUAAUAAUGAGUGUGAUUUUAAGCUCAGAAUGAUGAUUCUGCAUGUGACACUGAUAUCGGACAGAUCCUCUGAGGCUGUAGAAGAUGAAAGCCGAUGAACUUUGAUCACUUUUUUCUGUUUCAUCUGACCUUCCAAAACUGAACUGAAUUUAUUAAAGAAAAAGUAAUAUGUUGUAUUAGCUGCUCUGUAAGAAUAUUAUGUGUUUAUUAAAUGUUAUUUUGUCUCUAAA